UUGCAUGGUUCAUCUCAGGGCAUCAGCAGGUUCUGGGCUUUUGUAGAAGAAACAUUUUUUUCUGAUACAGCUAUAACGCACAAGCUAGUUUCAGCCAUGGCAGAGAGGAGACGUAUGGGCUACAGCGUGCAAAGGGAGAUCCUGGACGAAGGAGCGGUGGAUGAGAUUGCCGAAAAGUCUUACUCAAAACCAUCUCUGUCUGAGAAGGUCAAAAAGUCAUUGAGGUGUUCUGGUCCCAGGUUGAAGAGCUGCCUGCUGGGUAGCGUUCCUGUUAUAUCGUGGCUGCCUCGUUACUCCAUCAGAGAAAAUGCCCUGGGUGACCUGAUCUCUGGGAUCAGUGUUGGGAUCAUGCAGUUGCCGCAGGGUAUGGCAUAUGCCCUGUUAGCAUCGGUUCCUCCAGUCUUUGGCCUUUACUCCUCCUUCUACCCAGUCCUUAUCUACUUCAUCUUCGGCACGUCCAAGCACAUCUCAGUCGGAACAUAUGCUGUGAUGAGUGUGAUGAUAGGCGGGGUGAUAGAGCGAGUAGCACCUGACUCCAACUUCAUGAUGUGGGACAAUGUGACCAACUCCAGUAUAGUUGAUGUCAUCUCCCGGGAUGCAGAGAGGGUCCGAGUCGCUGCAGCUGUCACCUUCAUGUCGGGAUUAUUUCAGAUUGUGCUCGGUCUAGUCCAGUUUGGUUUCGUUGUGACCUACCUGUCUGAGCCGCUGGUCCGAGGUUACACCACAGGAGCUGCCAUCCAUGUCAUCGUGUCCCAGCUCAAAUACACCUUUGGCAUCAGUCCUGUGAGAUACAAUGGACCCUUUUCGUUGAUAUAUACUGUGUUGGAGAUAUGCUCUCUCAUCCCACAGACAAAUGUUGGAACUCUUGUGGUCAGCAUUGUAGCUAUAGUUGGACUCAUCCUCACUAAGGAGCUUAAUGCAUACUUGAGUAAAAAACUGCCUGUUCCCAUACCUGUGGAGCUGCUUGGUGUUAUUAUUGCAACAUUGGUGUCUUGGCAAGUUAACUUGGAAGACAAAUAUGGAGUGGAUGUGGUCGGACUGAUUCCCUCAGGUCUCCAGCCUCCUGUUUUCCCAGCAGCCUCUCUGUUUGGUCAGGUGAUUGGGGAUGCCUUUGCUCUGGCCGUGGUUGGCUAUGGCAUUGCCAUCUCACUAGGACGAAUCUUUGCCCUGAAAUAUGGAUACAAGGUGGACAGCAACCAGGAAUUAAUUGCCCUGGGUCUGAGUAACUCCAUUGGAGGGAUUUUCCAGUGUUUUGCCAUCAGCUGCUCCAUGUCUCGUACAAUGGUUCAGGAGAGCACAGGCGGGAAGACUCAGGUCGCUGGGGCUCUUUCAGCAAUAGUCAUCCUUGUCAUCACACUCUGGAUUGGAACUCUUUUUGAAGAUUUGCCGAAGGCAGUGCUGGCCGCCAUCAUUUAUGUCAACCUCCAUGGCAUGAUGAAGCAAUUCAUGGAUAUCCCUGCACUGUGGAGGAGCAACAAAGUAGAUAUGGUGAUCUGGGUGGCCACCUUCAUCUUCACUGUACUGUUUAACCCUGACCUGGGACUGGCUGCUUCCAUUGGUUUCUCUAUGCUCACUGUUAUCUUCAGGACACAGCUACCUAAAUACUCCAUAUUAGGGCAGGUCCCGGACACAGAUAUUUACAGGCCACUGGAGGACUACAAUCAGGUGAGGCAGGUGCCAGGGAUUUUGAUCUUCCGCUCCUCUGCCACCCUCUACUUCGCCAAUGCUGAGAUGUACCAAGAAACCCUUGGAGAGAAGUCUGGCAUUGACAUUAUCAAGAUCCUGUCAGCAAAGAAGAAACUAGAGGACAAAAGAAAGAGACAUGAAAAGAAAAAUGCCAAGAAAGCUGCCAAGAAAAACACAGUGGACAUGAAGGGGGAGCCAGAGAGCGAGGAGCAGAAGGACAUGGCCAUCAUCGAGGUGGAUUUUGUGCCCGACCCCUCACUGCCCAGAGCCAUCGUCCUCGACCUCAGCCCUGUCAACUUCCUGGAUACUGUGGGAGUCAAGGCGAUACGCAGUAUCCGGAGAGACUAUGGGGAAAUUGGUAUAGAGGUGGUUCUCGCAGGCUGCCAAACUGUUGUUGUGGAUAACCUGCAGACUGGAGGUUUCUUUAACGACAAAGUGACAAAGUCCUGUCUCUUCUCUACUGUCCAUGACGCCGUUUUGCACUUACAGUCUGCCAGAAUGCACAGCCAAGAUAAGGUGAUCAUAGCGACACAUUUUUGAGUCCUGAGAGAAACGGUGGAGGAUAAUAUGAAGAAGUCCCAGACACUCUGUCUUUAUGAGGAUUUUAUCUAGUGAGGGGAUUCCUGUCUGUCACAAACACAGACACUCAAACCUGCAGAGACA